UUGUGUUCAGUUGGCGCUCAGCGGCAGAAACAACAGAUGCAGAGCGGUGGAUCAGAGAUGCAGUCUGGACCAGAUCCUCCAGGAUCUGGACUGAAGUCAGUCAGAAGAUCUCCUCGUCUGUCUCCUCAGGGCAGCAGCAGUAAAGGAAAGGAGGAGAAGAAACGAGGAAACAGUCUGCAGGAGGUGAAGAGAAAAGGGAGGAUGGAGAGGAGCAGAGAGGAUACAGAGGAGGAUCUGAACAGCAGACUGCAGAUGCUGGACCUAUCCAGCAGGUCAGCAGCCAGUGGGACAGGUUUGGUUUACUCAGAGACCUUCACUCAUCAUAAGAACCUGUGGGAGCUCAGUCAUGUAGAGAGUCCAGACAGAGUGACGUCCAUCAUGGAGGAGCUGGAGAGACGAGACCUGCUGUCUCACUGCAUCAGAGUGGAGCCCAGAGAAGCUACAGAAGAAGAACUGCUGCUUGUUCACAUGAAACAUUAUGUGGAUGUGAUGAGGUCGACUCAAACGAUGUCAGAGAGUGAACUACACACUCUUUCUGAGAAAUACGACAGUGUUUACCUUCAUCCUGAGUCCUUCCAGGUGUGUGUGUUGGCGGUGGGCUCAGUCCUCCAGCUGGUUGAUCAGGUGAUGACCUCUGAACUCAGAAAUGGAUUCGCUGUCAUCAGACCUCCAGGUCAUCAUGCUCAGGCCAACCAGGCCAACGGUUUCUGUGUUUUCAACAACGUGGCAAUUGCAGCUCGAUACGCUCAGACCACACACUCAGUCAGCAGGGUGUUGAUAGUGGACUGGGAUGUUCAUCAUGGUCAGGGGAUCCAGUACCAGUUCCAGGAGGACCCUAGCGUCCUGUACUUUAGUGUCCAUAGGUAUGAGCAGGGCUCUUUCUGGCCCCACCUCCCAGAGUCUGACAGUCAAUUUGUCGGUAGUGGACGAGGCGAAGGAAGAAACAUCAACCUGCCCUGGAACCAGACAAGGAUGACUGACGCUGAUUACAUCGCUGCUUUUCAACAACUGCUGCUGCCUGUAGCCUAUGAGUUUCAGCCUCAGCUGGUUCUGGUCUCUGCUGGAUUCGAUGCUGCAGUCGGAGAUGAGAAGGGGGAGAUGUGUGUGAGUCCUCAGUGUUUCCAUGCUCUGACUCACAUGUUGAUGAGUUUGGCUGAAGGUCGACUCGUUCUCGCUCUCGAGGGAGGUUAUAACCUGCAGUCCACAGCAGAGGGCGCUGCAGCCUGUGUCAGUGCUCUGCUGGGAGGAGCAUGUCCUCCUCUGACUCCUCCCACAGCUCCAUCUGACAGUGCUCUGCAGUCCAUCUCCCAGACAGUCACUGCUCUGUAUCCACACUGGGCCUCUCUACAAGUACUGGAAGGCAGCUCAUUGGCUGAAGGCAGAGUCAUCAGAGCAACAACCAAUGAGGAGAGCACAAAGCAGAACAGCCCCGCCCCCUCUGUUGCCACGACAACAGGUCUGGUUUAUGAUGAGAGGAUGAUGGAGCACCUGAACAUGUGGGACAGGCAUCAUCCUGAACAGCCUCAGAGGAUCUCCAAGAUCUUCUCCAGACAUCAGCAGCUGGGAUUGGUCGAUCGUUGCCAACGGAUACCAGCUCGCUUAGCAACAGAGGAGGAGCUGACCAUGUGUCACAGUGUGCAGCACAUUGAGCAGAUGAGAGCCACAGCAGUGAUGAAGCCCAGAGAUCUGCACAAACUAGGCGAAGAGUUCAACUCAAUCUACAUCAACAACCAGAGCUUCAAGUCUGCUCAGCUGUCUGCUGGGAGCUGCUUCAGUGCUGUGGAGAGGAUCCUGAGAGGACAGGUGAGUAAUGGUGUGGCCAUCGUCCGGCCUCCUGGUCAUCAUGCAGAGAGAGACUCUCCUUGUGGUUUCUGCUUCUUCAACACCGCUGCACUCGUCGCUCGCCAUGCCCAGAAAAUCUCCCAUCAUGCACCGUUGAGAGUCCUCAUCCUGGACUGGGAUGUUCACCACGGCAACGGGACACAGCACAUGUUCGAGGAUGACGACAGCGUUCUGUACAUCUCCCUCCAUCGCUAUGACAAUGGGACAUUCUUCCCGUCUUCAGAGGAUGCUGCCCCCGACCGUGUGGGCGUGGCCAGAGGGGCGGGGUUUAAUGUCAAUGUGGCAUGGAGUGGAGGAAGAAUGGGUGACUCUGACUACCUUGCUGCUUUUCACCACGUUGUCAUGCCAAUCGCUACCGAGUUUAACCCUGGUCUGGUUCUGGUGUCGGCUGGGUUCGAUGCAGCUCGGGGGGAUCCGCUAGGUGGAUAUAAUGUGACCCCGGAGGGAUAUGCCCACCUUACACACCUGCUGAUGUCACUGGCUGGGGGGAGGGUCCUACUCAUCCUGGAGGGAGGCUACAACCUGUCAUCCAUCUCUGACUCCAUGGCAAUGUGCACCAGCGUGUUGCUAGGAGACCCUCCUCCAUCCCUGGUGACUCCCUUCCCCCCUCCCCAUCACAGUGCCGUGGCGUCGAUCAAUGAGGUUAUCCGACACCACGCCCCCUACUGGAGGUCCCUGAGGAUACACAUCACAGAGUCUGUUCGGGCUUCCUUGCCAUCCCCGAAGCAUCGUGGGAAACGUAGUUCUAAAGGAAAAGGCAGGAAGUCAGAGCAGAGAACCUCAGACAAACCUCCGCUACCCCCCACAGGACCAGGGGACACCACGAUAGAGCGCAAUCUGGACCAACUCACUGAGGGACUGGCCAGUUUGGACAUCAGUCAGACCUCAGCCAAUCACACUCCUGCUACAUCCACUCCAGUGGGCGGGGCCAGGCCGAAGGUACGCCUGAGCCCAGAGAAGGUUACCUGUGAAGGUGAAGUGAAGGCGGAGUCUAAUGCAGCCACACCUGAGAAGAGCCAAUCAGCAGACAGCACACCAUCUCAGACUCAGACUGUUGCCAUGGCAGCGUCAGAGUUGGCUGCUAUUGGUGACGAGGCUGCUGGUGGAGCGGGGAUGGAGGGUGAGGCAGAGGGAGCGUGUGGUUGGUCGAGGCCUGAGAUGAAUGUGGAGCUGCUGUGUGGAGGACAGACAGACGGAUCUACUCUGUAUGUGGUCGACCCUCUGUCCUGGUGUCCUCACCUGGAUGCCGUUAAGCCCCUCCCCCCCUCGAAUAUAGACGUCCACCUGCCGUGUCAGGACUGUGGCUCCGAUGCUGAGAACUGGAUCUGUCUCACCUGCUACCAGGUGUUCUGUGGUCGUUAUGUUAAUGAACACAUGGUGACUCACGGUGCUGUGUCUGAACACCCGAUGGUUCUGAGCUUCUCUGAUCUCUCUGUGUGGUGUUACCUGUGUGAGGCCUACGUACACAACCAGAUUCUGUUUGAGGCUAAAAACGCUGCUCACUGUGCCAAGUUUGGAGAGGAGAUCCCUCCAUGGAGCUAAGGAGGAGGACGAGACAGAUGCCGGUAUUUGUUUUUCUCUCUUUUUCAAUCUCUCUUCCUUCAGCAGCAUGUGAUUGGACAGUCGCCAUGGAAACCAGCAGAAGUGGUGCUUUGUGGGAAACGUAGUUGAAUCUCUCUACGGUGUCUCACAACUGCCAAAAAACAAACUCAUGCAAAAGCAGAAGAUGUUUUUAUAUUUUUAACUGCAGAUCGGUGUUGGUCUUAAUCAUUUUCGUUGUCGUCAUCGUCAUCAGCAGCAGCAGGUUGUUGGUUCAAUUCCCUGAAAAUGUGACCAAGCACCAGCAGACUCCGGACUUUUUAUGUUGAAAGUUUAUUGGACAUCAGAGACACGUUGAAUAUUGAGUUUUUCUCGGGAGGACAUCAGUUUAAGUUCAGACUGGUGAUGAUGUGACUGAGGCCACGCCCACAAGCAGCGGCACAUUAACAGAAACAAAACAAAAGAACAGAAAUCUGUUUUCAUCUCUUUUUAUCAUUUAUUUCUGUCUGUUGUAAAUAUU